CUUGUCAUCACUUACUGAUAUUUUGGGAUCUUGCUGUGGCGAUGCAGCAACCUUUUCAAACUCUAGUCUAGAGGCCCACACCAUAGCCACAGGCCCAUUUUUCUCUGCGAAGAGAAUGAUCAACAUGUGGCAAUGGCUUGGCAGAAACCUCGCUUCUGUUCCUCCUUUCUCAGCUAACCUCAACCUCAAAUUAACCACCUCUAUGAUUUUCCAUCCACUGGUCCUACCACCCACAUCAACAAAAUCCUCACCCAGUCAUAUUCAUGCUUUCUCCUUCUUCUUCUUCACUUUCAAUCGCCAUAAAUUUCCUCAUUGUAUCAUCUCAGAUUCCAACUUCAUCAAUUGGGUCUGUUUAUUUCCCAGUUUUCUCAACUGGGUCAGUCUCGGUUCAGGAAUAUCGUCUCAGAUUUUGUGAUUCAUUAUCUUGUUGUUGGUUCUUGGAGACAAUUUGACGAACACAUAAAUGGCGUCUAUUGGACCUUUACCUUUUAUUGUUGAAACGAAAGCUGAGACUUGUCUUCUUGUUUCCAAUAAAAAGCAGCAACGACCCAGUUCGGCUUUCUCCACGCCAAGGCCUAGAAAUUCUAGAGUUUUAGCUGUUUUAGGCGAUCCAACAAGUGGGGGCUCUCUGUUCGGUGAUAGACUCGGAGCUGGUUGCAGCAGAGGACAGCAAUGGAGUACGAAGAAUGUGAAAGCAACAAAUGCUGAAGGUGUUGGAGGCUCUGAAUCUGAGAAUACACUUAAUGCCACCGUUGAGAAGAGCAAGAAGGUUCUUGCUAUGCAAAGGGACCUUCUUCAACAGCAGAUUUCUGAAAGAAGGAAAUUGAUUUCAUCCAUAAAAAGUAACAUUAACAACCUAGAAGAAAAUGAAGUUUCUUGUAAACUAGGGAACAAAUCUCUUUCUACCAUUGAUCCCCCUUCAGCCAGUGUUAAAAAUAUUGAUGGAAACCAAAAUGCUAGCACUCUUUCAAGCAGCCAUGCACACUCAAAGACAAGUAGAGCUCCAGAGUUCCGGCCAUCAGCUGUCAGUAAUGGUUCUGGUGAAGAUGUAAAGGAACGAGGGCAGAGCUUGCCUCCAAACAAGGUUUCCUCAGUAAAGGAACGAGGGCAGAGCUUGCCUCCAAACAAGGUUUCCUCAGUAAAGGAAACAGGGCAGAGCUUGCCUGCAAACAAGGUCUCCCCCAACGCAGUUUCAACCAAACAGUUGAGUAAGACUAAAUCAGAGGAGGUUUGGUCUGAUGAGCUGCCAUCUUUUCUCUCGAAUGCCUCUAACAAAUCCAAUUUAAAGGAUGAAGAGCAUGAAGAUUUGGCAGGCCAAGUUUUGGAACUGACUAGCAGUGAAAUAAAUCCUCCUAUUGCCGAAUAUGAAAAACCCCCUCCGUUGGCUGGGGCAAAUGUUAUGAAUAUUAUAUUAGUAGCUGCAGAAUGUGCUCCAUGGUCAAAAACAGGUGGGCUUGGAGAUGUAGCUGGGGCUUUACCGAAGGCUUUAGCUCGGCGUGGGCAUAGGGUUAUGGUUGUGGCACCUCGAUAUGGUGACUAUGCUGAAGCUCAAGAUUCAGGAGUUCGUAAGCGGUAUAAGGUGAAUGGUCAGGACUUCGAGGUGGCUUACUUCCAAGCCUAUAUUGAUGGCGUGGAUUUUGUUUUUAUGGAUACUCCUAUGUUUCGCCACUUGGGAAGCAGCAUAUAUGGAGGAAGCCAACUGGAUAUCUUGAAAAGGAUGGUGCUGUUUUGCAAGGCAGCUGUGGAGGUAAAUAUUUUAAUCAUGUUAAAAUUUACAUUUCUGGGACUAUAGUAAUGGCCCCAAAAAUUCUUGGUCCCACUAUUUUGAAAUUGGAAAAAAUCUUCUCAAUCAAGAUAUUGAUGUCACUAAUCACUAAGUUCAAUGACUGGUAAGUCCUUUCUUCUGUAAAAAGUUUUGGUUCAAGCUAUGCUGUAUUUUCGUGUGUUUUUGUUUGGAGGUUACACAAUAAUCUUUAAAGCAAAAAGGACAAAAAAGGGAGAAACAUAUUCGACUUACAACCACAGACAUUGAAAAUCCAGAAGAUACAAUAUAUAAUUACAGUAAGAGGUUGUUAAGACAAUCAACCAAUGAGUGCAUUUGUAUAUUUAUUCAUAGGCAGUCUUAAUAUAAUAUAAUAUCAUCUAAUUAUUUAUAGGGGUCUUAGAAAUGCCAUCAUGUCUGGAAUACUAGAUAGGAAAUGAUUACAUAGGAUCUUGAAUAAAUAAAUAACAAGUCUAUACUUAGGAUAUGCUCGGAACAAAUGAAUUAUACUUGAACUUAUUCAUAAAUUAUAGUUUUGUGAAAGUCAUUUCCAUUUAGCAUGCCCUAAAUGGUUAGUGAAGAUAGGAACCAGAUAGAUAUCUAAAGCCACCAUAAUUCAUCUGUCAAGAUUGGUAAAAUUUGAAACAUGUUUCUUCAAAUCCACUUAGAAUUUAUUUAAAAUUGAAUGUUCAUUUUUUUCAUGCUUGAAC